AUGAAAAGCAUAUCCUUUAAACUUCUGCUAUUGGUUUCCCUUCUUGUUGUCGUCUUUCGACAAAAUAGUGUGGUGGCCGACUUGUGUACGACAGACGAAGAAUGCAGAAGAAUGUGCCUAUGUGAUGAAGUGUAUUGCGACUUAAAGAUUCAUCAGUGUCACUUAAAGUUUAAUGCUACGGAUACAAUUGAUGUCAGUCCUUCCAAAACCCAUUGUAUUCCAGAAGAUAAAAAUUGUGGCGGAAGAGAAGGACCUCCACCGCGGCGAUUAAAAUUAUAA